CCCGGUUAAAUAACCUGCGUCGAGAGUCAGGCCAGCCAGUUCCAAGCACAGACCCACAACCAGAGCAGAGCCAUGGGAAUGCCUUUAGUGUUGGUUGUUUUGCUGCUCCUCAGCAUCUGCACAAACGCCAGGCCGCAGGACUUGGAAACAAGCAUGUUGUUGGCUGCCGCCCAGGUGAAACAGCUGGUGGAGAGCGGCGCCGCGGCACACAACGAACAGAGCGUCGAGAUACUGGGCCAGAAGAUGGGCGGCGGCAUGAAUUUCGGUUUCGGUGAUGCGAUGCGCCCAGGUGCCGGUCGUCGCCGCAGAAGUGCUCGACUGCAGCCGGAGCUGGCCCUUGGACCCCGACAAAAGCUUGACAAAAUAUAUGCAUGA